UUAAUGUUGGGCGUGCUGACUGUUCUGAGUGAAUGUGGGUUCAUUUCCUCCGUGUGUUUUAGGGAAUGGCUUCACAUGGACGAGGCCGCUCCACUGGUGGUUCCGCCCCGCACGGAGAGGAGCGUCGAGGGACAACGUCGUCGCCGGCAAGGGAAACGAGUCGGGGAGUUGGAGGUGGGGAGGAAGAACGACGUGCUCAAAACUUGCGGUGGGACUACAGCAAACACGUCUGGUAUUUGGACUGGGCGAGCCAGGACGGCUCCCACCCGUUGCAACCACCGUGCGGGCCGCUCUUGUUCGUCGCCGUUCGCGCCGAUAGAACGCGUCUCGCAGGGUCCAUCGUCCAGUGGGUCGACGAUGGCGAACACAAUUUCAAGUUUACGUUGAAGAAGCAUUACAGAAGAGAUGGUUCUGUCGACGACAUCGCAAAGGGAUGCAAGGUUGCCAGGAGGAUGUUCGGCGGGUACGGCCGUCGUGCGAUGUCUUUGCCUUACUUUCUCCCGCUAGCGCCGGGGCACGACGAGGCUGUUCACGUCACAGACUUCCUCGCGGUCUGGGCGAAAUCUGGUACCUUUGUCAGUGCCGUGGACGUCGAACCUGGAACAUCGAUUAGUGGUCCUGUUGGGUUCGCAGGAGGAGAGUGCUCUGAAAGGGAGAUGGGAGGUCAGGGUGGCCUGCCAGCUACGCCUCCUGAUCAAGAGGUGGGCAUGUCAGACGACUCGGAGGACGACCAUCCGCGUGCUCCUUUGAAACCGGGCAUGCAUGUAUCUCGCCGCCAAGGUUUGCUUGGGGAGUCGACGCGACAUGGAGGCGGCGAUGGCAAACGGUUGCGACAGGGCUCAGAAUCGACGACUCCUCGUGGUCUGGUCGAAAGGAUCGGUUCGUUUAUUCGUGGCAUGCAGGUGGCCGAGGUUUCGCCUGGAGAUCGAGCGGGUGGUCCGCAGGUUCGAGAGGUGCGUGGGUCAGAUGAGACGACUCGCCGGGCCCGACCAGCGUCGGGGGAACUGCAGACGGAGUUGAGUCAGGAACGAGAAGCAAGUGGGAACGUCGCCGGUGAGGAGGAGGUGUCCGAGCAGGGGCUGUUCCGUGAGAGAUCGGCUGAAAAGACUCAGUCGGGAGGCAAGCGCAACUUGCCGGAUGAGGAAGAGCGAGAGGGACUAGGUGCUCUGAAAAGGCAGAGAAAGGUAGGAGGGAGUGCUCAGACGCCAACAACACGAGAGAGCGGUUCCAUUGAGAAGAGAAAAAGGGUUGGAGGUGGGGAUGAAACGCCAAAAGACUCGUCGACACAGCGAAGAACCGGUGAGUCUUCCGGGAAAAGGGCGAAAUCAUCGAGGGGGAAGAAAGCAGCCGAGGGCGACAACGGGGAGGGGGAUGACGACGUGGAGAUUAACCUCAACGCCUUUAACCUCGACAAUGCUUUCUUCCUCGAGAUGCAGACAGGGGUGCAGAAGGACGUCGUGUUGCACAUCCAUCCCGAAAGAAUAUUAGCUAUUCCAGACUGGGAAGACGCGUACAACCACCGAUCCUUGGACGAGUUCCUCGUUGAUACCAUCGCGUCGGCUAUGAUCGACUGCUACGAACGUAAAGACAUGAGAUACACGAAGCCCGUUUUCGUCGCGCCUCCAGAGAACGGCCAGCCUGCUGUGCGCGUGCUGCCUGCUGACUUCGACAGCUCACACCCGGAGAAAUACUGGUAUUAUCCUGUGUGUGGACAGCAUAACGCGAGGGCGGCGAUGAUGGUGAAAGACCAUCCCGUGUUUGAUUACUACAACUUCUCUAAAUGGCUGUUUAGACCGAUCUACUUCCCUGACGACGAGUUCGACGGUCACGCCCAUGUCAGCUGCAAAGACAACAUGAAAGACAAGAAGAAUCCACCGCGCUUGCAGGUUUUGUCUAUGCGGGACAUUCGCAAUAUCUGGAAAAUUAAGGGCAAACCGCGUGUGGUGCUCGACAAUGCCUCGAAGAAACAGGACGAGGUGCGAAAGUGGGUGCGAUUCAUGGCGUUGGCAAUGAAGAAGACGCCGUACACGCCUAUCUGGAACCUGUCAACGGAAGCAAAGAAAAGAAAGGAAUGGGCAGAGAAACUUCGAUACUACCUCCCGCUGGCCAUGGCAGAUGACUCCGUCUUCGCUUUGGGGUUGAAGUUCUAUGAGGAGUGGUCGAAAGGGAAACUCCUUGCUUCCGACGGCCGACGUUGGACUGAAAAGCCGCCCACCCAUGAGGAGGUGGCCAAGCCAGGACUCUCCACUGUGACUGACAGCCAGGGGCUGAAGAAACACGUCUGGUACGUGAAGGUCGACGACCCGUCAUUGAAAAAGGGCAGGGGGAAGCCAAAGAAAGGCGCAGAGGAGAAAACUUUCUACGUCGAAGUUCCAGAGCCGGAUGUCCACUGCUGGAAGGAAUUGGUGGACUUGACGGACCACGAGAAGAAAAGGCUGUUGAACGGCGUCUUUAACCUUAACGUCGUGUGGGUUCAAACGAGUAGCAAAAAGUUGGCCGAGCAGGGGAAGUUCAGUGUCAAGGAGAUGGUCGACAUAAUAAAAAUGGACCGGAUCAUGCUGAGGCUGUGGCAUUACGCGGAGUUCGAGUACGAGGAAAUGGAUAAGCGGGAGUGGAAUGUCAAAUCCACGUUCUUCAGGUCCAAGAAGCAACUGUUUGAAGAGUUCAAGGACAGAGGUCUCGACGACAAGCUUUGGAACGAGAGCAGGAAAUUUUUCACGGACACCACAUACGUCAACAAGUGCCCUCAGUUUCUCGGGUGUCAACACGACAACAACAUCAAGAGAACGGCGGCCCUCGUCUACGACCAGCAUUUCCCGGCGGAGUGGAAGCGUGUCGUCCUUUCGAACCUCUCCUUCAUGACAUGUUUGUCUGCGCUUGGGGCUACCCGAUGCUACACGGGGAAGUGGGUUCGGAAGACGGCUUCGAAGAAGACGCAUCAGUUCGAAAACAACGUCUGGGAGGAGCCGGAUGUGAUGCACAUCCUUUUCAAAGGCGAGGAUCCUCGGCUACUGACUCACCUGGUGUAUGAGGGAGCUGUUGCUGAAGACGCCGCCGCCGCUCUCCGGAGGAAACAAAAAGUGACACCCACGGAUGUGGAGGAGAAGUCUUUCAAGUCUUUGACUUUCGUGGACAUCGGAAACCUGACCCAGAGGGGGGCUCUGUACAAGGACGGCGAGCGGAAUCCGAAUCAGUUGUGCAAUCAGCUUCGUUUCUUCUGUGGUGUGGCGGAUGUCGUGCUGUUCUUGGGCAAGCUGCACGCGCAGGUGGUGUGGAGUCUGCUUCAGCGGGGAAGGCACGUCUUGGCCAUGGAUGGGGACACAACGCAACUCAAAUAUACCGUGCAGUAUGUCACCCAUGAAGUGUCGUCCAAGGCUUACCCAUGCGAUUUCCACCAUGUCGUGGUCGAGCCCGUUUAUGACCCGAACAAGGACAUGUUCUUCAAGUUGACUCUGAAGAAAAGGCGCCUGGUCUACUCGUUCCUUUACGGGGAACAACCAAGGUUGAGAUUUGACCCGCAGCACGUGGUGCAGAAGGAAGUCGCCAUUGCGGUCCUCCAGGGCUACCACGGGGCAAGUCGGGCCGGCGCUGUGAUCUUCAUUAAGAGGCUGGAAUAUGUCUUUUUUAACGAGGAUGUUGUCGAUCCGGCCGACUUCACUUUGGAUAAGUACAAGCUGGCAUUAGGUGAGGAGGACGACUUCAAUAUCGAGACUGAGCAGGAGGAGAGCGUUGAGGACGACCUCUUCGAUUUGGACAGGCAAUUGGCCAUCUUCAACGCCUAAGUUUCUGAGUCGCCAUCAGUAUG